AAUUAAUCUUUCCUCAAAGUUUGUCGAAUUCUUUACUUCCCGCCAUCUUUUUGGGUUUUGGUGUGUGAUUUUCUCAUUUUUCUGUUGAAUUCUCGAUUCGAGUUCAUGUUUAUUAUCUAAAACCACUUGAAUUGUUUGUCUCCUGUGUGCUUUCGAGCUUAUUAAUUACUCUCUUCGUUUCAAAAUAUUUGUUUUACUUCCUUUCUAGUCCGUUUUAAAAAAAAAAUCUUUCCUUUUUGGCAACUCUUUAAUUCUACUUUUCAAACAAGACAUAUUUAAGACCACGAGAUUAAUAUUUUGAUAUAUUCUACACAUUUUUAAUUUAAAAUCACAAGAUGUAAAAGUCUUUUUUACGUUCUUAAACUUCGUGUCACAUCUAAACCAGAAAAAACAUUUUGAAACGAGGGAGUACUCUUGACUUAUAGUCUGUUUGACCAAGCUUUUAAAAAUAAUUUAUUUUAAAAAAUAUUUUUUUUAAAAGUACUUUUUAAAAAAAUAUUUUUAGCUAAAAGCAGAUUGUGUUUGGCCAAUUAAUUUAAAAAAUACUUUUGAAAAAAAUAUUUUUGGACAAAAGCUAUUUUUUUAGCUUUUGAAAAAUUGUUUCUGUUACUCCUCAAAAGCACUUAUUUUUUCCUAAAAGCUUGGCCAAAUACCUCAUUUUUUUAAAAAUAAAUACUUAUUAAAAAAAUAACUACUUUUGGGGGAAAAUUAAGUUUGGCCAGGUAGUAGGCUCAAUGAUGCUCUGCGAUAUGAACUGGCUUUGCCUUUGCUUGUAUGAUGAAGUCCUUAUGGUUUUUUUGGAGCUCAAGUGUGCGUGGCACGUUACUAAGGGGCUGUUUGGUUCUGAAAUUGACUUUGGCAAAAUGGCUACUGGACAGCUUUUCUCCAAGACUACACAAGCUUUAUUCUACAACUACAAGCAGCUUCCUGUCCAACAGAUGCUUGACUUUGAUUUUUCUUGUAGGAGAGAAACACCUUCUGUUGCUGGAAUCAUAAAUCCAGGUUCUGAGGGAUUCCAGAAACUUUUCUUCGGUCAGGAGGAAAUGGCAAUCCCAGUACAUUCAACCGUUGAAGCUGCCUGUGCUGCACAUCCCACAGCUGAUGUAUUUAUAAACUUUGGAUCUUUCAGAAGUGCUGCUUCUUCCUCCAUGUCUGCUCUUAAACAACCAACCAUCAGAGUCGUCGCUAUUAUAGCUGAGGGUGUUCCCGAGUCGGACGCUAAGCAGCUGGUUGCUUAUGCAAAGGCAAACAAUAAGGUGAUUAUUGGUCCAGCUACUGUUGGAGUAAUUCAAGCCGGAGCUUUCAAGAUUGGUGAUACUGCUGGAACAAUUGAUAACAUUAUUCAGUGCAAGCUUUACAGACCUGGAUCUGUGGGCUUUGUAUCAAAAUCUGGUGGUAUGUCUAAUGAAUUAUACAAUACAAUCGCCCGCGUGACUGAUGGAAUUUAUGAAGGAAUUGCAAUUGGAGGAGAUGUAUUCCCUGGUUCUACCCUUUCUGAUCAUGUUUUGCGCUUCAACAAUAUCCCUCAGGUUAAAAUGAUUGUUGUUCUUGGGGAACUUGGUGGACGAGAAGAAUAUUCCUUAGUUGAAGCCCUCAAGCAGGGAAAAAUCAACAAGCCCGUUGUUGCGUGGGUCAGUGAAACUUGUGCUACACUCUUCAAGUCAGAAGUUCAGUUUGGCCCCGUGGGGGCAAAGAGUGAUGGUGAAAUGGAGUCAGCACAAGCAAAAAAUCAAGCACUCAAAGAUGCUGGAGCCGUAGUUCCUACCUCUUAUGAAGCUUUUGAAGGAGCUAUCAAAGAAACAUUUCAAAAGCUGGUCGAAGAGGGCAAAAUAACACCUGUAGAGGAAGUGACACCACCACAAAUUCCUGAGGAUCUUAACACAGCAAUUAAGAGUGGGAAAGUUCGGGUCCCGACUCAUAUUAUUUCCACCAUAUCUGAUGAGAGAGGUGUAGAGCAACGCUAUGCUGGUAUACCCAUGUCAACACUUGUGGAGGAGGGAUAUGGUGUCGCUGAUGUCAUUUCUCUGUUGUGGUUCAAACGCAGCCUACCUCGUUACUGCACACGUUUUAUUGACAUUUGCAUCAUGAUGUGUGCUGACCAUGGUCCUUGUGCCUCUGGUGCCCACAACGCCAUUGUGUCCGCUAGGGCCGGAAAAGACCUAAUUUCAUGCCUAGUUUCAGGAUUGCUGACUAUUGGUCCCCGGUUUGGUGGUGCUAUUGAUGAUGCCGCCCGGUAUUUCAAGGAUGCUUAUGACAGUGGUCUUACACCAUGUCAAUUCGUGGAAGGUAUGAAGAAAAAGGGAAUUCGAGUACCAGGAAUAGGUCACAGGGUAAAGAGAGGAGACAACAGAGAUAAGAGAGUGGAACUACUACAGCGUUAUGCAAGACAACAUUUUCCGUCUGUCGAGUACAUGGAGUAUGCGGUUAAGGUUGAAACGUAUACCCUGUCAAAGGCAAACAACCUAAUCCUCAACAUUGAUGGUGCCAUUGGGUCCCUCUUCUUGGAUCUCCUUGAGGGCACUGGAAUGUUCACCAAACAAGAAAUCGAUGAAAUAGUGGAAAUUGGCUACCUUAAUGGGCUGUUUGUGCUAGCCCGUUCAAUCGGUCUCAUUGGGCACACGUUCGACCAGAAGAGAUUGAAGCAGCCUCUAUACCGUCAUCCAUGGGAAGAUGUUUUAUACACCAAGUGAGAGCACCGUUCAUGUGUUCGACGAGUAUUUGCACUCCUAGGGACUUGGCCUAAAAUUUCAUUUUGCGAGUUCACCGGGGAGUCAACAAAGAGUCAACUCUCAGUUAUCAUUCAUGAUCAAUUCUUAGUUUUAAUGAGCCGACAUAUGUUACAGUCGUCAUUCAAUUGAAAGAAUCUCCGUUCCAAAACCGUACGUGUCAUACGGCACGGAGGAGUAUUUCUGCGUUUCCAGCUUAUGAAGAAAUAACACACCCAGAUUUCAAGCAUGUGUAAGAAGAGUUUGCUCAUUCCUAGUGGCCUUUGUCCCUUCCUGUAUUGAACCCUGUACCAUUCACUAAUGAAAUAAAAUGUGUAUUCAAAAUGUUACUUGUU